CUCAUUUGACUUGAGACAGUUUUCAAAAGCCACGUCAUUUAAUUCUUAAAACAACUCAAAAUACCAUAACCAAAAUACAAAAUAAACAAUAAAAUUUCACCAACAACCUUAGAAAUGUACUCUAAUAACGGCGACACGAGAAAAAAUGCCUUGUAAAUGUACCGGAAUCAAGGGGGCGAAUGACAAAUGUAGUUUGAAAGCGUCUUUGGACAUACAAAACCGCGGGCCGAAUCGAAUCGUAGAGCUGAACGAAGCGAAGUGCAAACAGAAAGUAAUCGUUCAUCGCUGUAACAUUUUCACGCGAACAGCAGAAAAUAUUUAUGAUAAAUGCGCUUCGUAUAAUUUAAGAUACUGCCCCUUUGGCCGUUUUGUCAAGUCCAACAAUCAUUUGGUCAACGUUUCCAAAGACGUGUUGAUCUUAUUGUGUUUCCUCAUUGCGAAUUUCAUUGUUUUGAUGAUAAUUAUCUUUAAUAUCAGCUGCGAUGUCUAUUUUGGUAUUAAGCAGGCUGCUACUCGGAGAAGGAGUACAUCGUUCUAACAGCUCGUGAUCAAUUUAAUAACUGAUGUAUAUUUUUGAAUUCUUGUUGUUUUUAUUCAAAUAAAUGAAAUGUACUGUUGGUUCUCCUA